AUGAAGUAUAAUAUUAAUAUAAAUCUAACCCAUUCAAAGGCCGCCAGCCGACCCACCCACGUAUAUCUAUAUAACACCUAUAUAUAUUUAUGCUGCGCGAUACCAUGGAUAAGAUCAUUAAGGAGUAGCACAUGUGAUCUCAUUUCUUACAGGCCAGUGACAAAAGUAUCAAACGCGAAAAGAGACUCUGCCAAGGAGAAGCGCGAAAAGCGUUUCCAGUUGUCAGGGCUCAGAAUAGAGCUGAUCCGUGCAAAACUCCUUAGAAACGAGUGCACAAUGGGGGGGGGAUCAUGGUACCAAAAAUCUCAAUUCCAAUUACGAAAGCCUUCAUUUACUUGUUUUGGAUACUGGUUUGUAGGUCUGCAAGAGCGUACCUGGCAUUCUGUGUGA